AUGGAUUCGACGUCGAAACGAGUCGGAAAUGGCGGGGGUCUCAGCAUCCUUGAUCAACUGAAAGCCAUUCAAGAAAAGGUUAGUAGUCAGAUCGCCAUUCUUGAUCAAAAAAUCGCUGAUCAAGAUCAAAAGAUUGCCAAUUAUGAAGAGGAUUUGCUAUUUAUCCGUGCUUGUGAGCUGGAACAGGCUACUGAAGAUUUCGACCAAUCUGCCCGCACAGUAAGGAACAAGAUAGUGCAUGGGCGUAAUGUCCUAAUGGACAUCAGAGCACUCCAUUUUCUUCACAAAACGGAUCCAAAACGAUUUCAGUCUGCAUCAGAGGGUUUCUUUAAACUCUAUGAUUUGAGGUUUGAGGAUGAAGCCCGGAUAUUUGCUGCCCCAGACGUGAUAAAAAGGACCCUUAACAUAAGAGGCAAUGUGAAGCAUCUUGAAUUCUGGAAACGUUCCCCAAAUGCAGAUGGUUUGAUUGAGUUAUGCGAUGGGAUCAUAGACAAGUGGCAACUCUCCCUCAAGUCUGGCCUUGUCUACCCAGCAGAAACUAUCAAUCAGGAAUAUGCCAAGCUUCGAGAAGCUUACGAUUGA